GUCGAAUUUCGACUUCCACAACCAAAGACCUCUUUCUGCACUGUUGUUGAAACAAUUACCCAUCAUCGAAUCCCGUCGGCCUACCCAGCUGCAAACGCAGCCAUGGCUUGCAACUGUCGUACCACCGCUUUGCGCCUGUUCGUUCGCGGCUUCGCGCAGCUGCACAUUACCGAGCCCGCACUGGCUGUGCCCUCCCUCCGUCAGAGGGUUCACCUUGCCCCCAGACCCUUCUCGACAAGCUCCUGUCGCGGCAUAUCCUCGUCGGCACCAUACCGAGCGCCUCAUGCCGUCUCCCCGGCCGAAGAUCCAGCAAGACCCUCGCCGGCCCGCGAAGGGAGCGGGGUCGGUAGGCCCUCAGGUGGCAACGAAGCUGCAGACCACAGCGAAGCAACACCCAGUGCCGCCGAGGAUCUGACCCCCGAGGCCGCUGAUGCCCUGUUUUCCGACAUCAUGUCUAUGUCUUCGCAUCAGAGCGCCUAUAAAGCCCACGACCACCUAUCGACUCCUGACCCGGCUGAAGCUCAUGAUUACGAUGUUGAGGAUAUCACCGGAGACGAGGGGAGGUGGGACGUGGGCCUGAACCAACAUCGUCAACAGGAGAAGAAGGAGAAGAAGGAGAGGAAGAAGGGCGCAGCUCUCAACCCAUUCAAGGAGCGGAAGAUGCCCCCAGCUCAGGCUACCCCUCGGAAGCUCGAGCCAUGGCAGGUGCACAAGGAGGCGGUCGCAAAAAAGCUCAACGGCGAGCGGUGGAACCCGCGCAAGCGGCUGUCGCCGGACGCGCUCGAGGGGAUCCGGGCGCUGCACGCCCAGUUCCCAGAAACCUUCACCACGGCGAUGCUGGCGAAGAAAUUCGAGGUGUCGCCCGAAAUGAUCCGGCGCAUCCUCAAGAGCAAGUGGAGGCCCACGCCCGAGGAGGAGGAGGAACGCGAGCGGCGCUGGUUCAACCGCGGCAAGACGAUAUGGGAGCGCAACGCGGCGCUGGGCAUGCGGGUGCCCAGGAGUUGGCGCAACGCCGGGGUCAAAAACCAAAGGAAGCCAAAACGCAACGACGAAUUUGGCCUUCGGUCGCCGUUUAGAUGAGCCCUGAAACUUGACAUCAACAUGUAUCAAUACUCGAAUAGUCUAUCUCCUCCAAAUGCUCUCGCCUGGACUCCUGCUCAUGGUCUCUAGCUCAGUGCUGGAACAUGCAUACAUGCAACCACUUACGCACAGAUUCAACGGUCGGAUGGUCCAGGCGGCGUGGCUAACUAAUGCAUUCAUACACGAGUAAGCUCAUUAGCUCCCACCGAGCUGAGCUCUUCACAUGGCAUGCCCGCGGGAGUGUGAUAUCCUAAAUCCAUCACGUGGACCCGG